AGAAGCAUGAAGAGGAUCCCCGGUAUCUAAGCUGACUGACGGGGCGAGCAUCUCGUCUUCCCUCGCUCGAUAGGGCCGACAGGAAGCGGAGGGAGGACAGGAUGGAGGAGAGGAAGCAGUUUCUUUGUGGGGUGGUGGAAGGUCAGCUGCGUACUCUCAUAGCGGAAGCCCAGUUGAGAGGCCUGAAGUUUGUUUACGCCCUCUCUCCUGGUCAGGACAUCGUCUUCUCUUCUUCCUGUGAUCUGACACCACUCAAGCGCAAGCUGAGACAGGUGUCAGACCUGGGUUGGCUAGGCUUUACAUCAUUCCAUGUGUCAGGCCGACAGCGAGGCCUUUUCUUCAUUCGCCCAUGCUCAGGUCACUGUAACCAAUGACAUGUAUCGGUUCUUGGGGGAACCGCCUAUUCUGCCCAACAGAGUACUGUGGUUCUCUGUGUUCUCCCAGUAUAUCAAAGUCUCCCUACCUGCAGACUGUUGGAGAGGACCUGCUGCCUGACAUAACUGUGAUAUGGACAG